UAUCUCCACUCAAUAUAUUCUCCAAACUACUCCCUAUAUAUACAUGCAUCACCUCUCAAGUUUCAUCCAUAUCGCUGCACAAAAUGUAUUAUUUCAUCUUCUUUGCACUGCUCUUCUUGGUCCCUCCUGCCACCUUAACCGAUGCCGGGUGUGAUUUUCCAGCAAUCUUCAACCUCGGGGACUCCAACUCCGAUACCGGCGGCUUCUGGGCUGCCUUCCCUGCCCAAACCCGGCCUUUCGGUAUGACUUACUUUGGCAAGCCUGCUGGCAGGGCUUCUGAUGGCAGGGCUGUCAUUGAUUUCUUAGCUCAAGGUCUUGGGUUGCCAUUUCUUAGUCCUUAUCUACAGUCUAUUGGAUCAAACUUCACUCAUGGUGCCAACUUUGCUACUGCUGCUUCUACUGUUAGAUUACCAAGCACUUCUGUGUUUGUUUCUGGGGUUAGUCCUUUCAGUUUAGCUAUUCAGCUUAAUCAGAUGAAAGAGUUCAGGACUAGAGUCCUUGAAUUCAGUAAUCCUCAAGGUAAUAAUUAUUUACCACCAACGGACAUCUUCAGUAAAUCACUCUACAUCUUUGACAUUGGGCAAAAUGACUUCAGCGGCGGGUUGGCAUCCCUUGGCAUCCAAGGUGUCAAACAAUACCUCCCUCAAGUUGCCUCACAGAUUGCAUGGACAAUUAAGGACAUUUACGAUGAGGUUGGAGGAAGAACUUUCAUGGUGUUCAAUCUUGCACCAAUAGGAUGUUUCCCUGCUUUCCUCACAGAGUUACCUCACAACACCUCGGACUUGGACAUGUAUGGCUGCAUGAUGUCCUACAACAAUGCAGUGCUGGACUACAACCUUAUGCUGAAGGACACACUCUCCCAAAUAAGAGAUCAACUCCCUGGUGCUACUCUUGUUUAUGUUGACACUCACUCUGUGAAGCUUGAGCUGUUUCAACACCCCAAAGACCAUGGGCUUGUUUAUGCAACUAGAGCUUGUUGUGGAGAAGGUGGUGGUGAUUAUAACUUCAAUCCUCAUGUUUUCUGUGGUUAUAGUAAAGUGAUAGAUGGCAAGAAUGUGAGUACUAGUGCUUGUGCUGAUCCUCAAAACUAUGUGAGUUGGGAUGGGGUCCAUGCCACUGAAGCUGCAAACAAAAUUCUGGCAUUUGGGAUACUGAACGGUUCUUUAUUUGAUCCUCCUUUUCCUCUGUCUAAAUACUGUGAUUUGCAGCCAAUUGGAUGAUGUGGACUCAAAUGUUGUCUGGUUUCAGAUUGAAAUAAAAUAAUACAUAUACCUACUGAAUUCAAAGGUCUCUAUGGUUCUCA